AUGGAGAGUACGAACAAGGCGCCAAAGACAAGCGACGGCAAAGAAGUGAAGCAACUGGACCAAGCAGAGCUGAGACAGCUACAGUCGGUAAAGAAGGAAAUAAAAAAAGAGAGGAGCAUAGGAAGGAAAGGAAGGAUACCAGCAGCACAGAACUGGAAUAGGAUUAGAUCCAACAGUUUAGGAGAUAUAAGGGAGCUGAUUGCAAGAAAGAGAGACAGAAAAAAGUCAGGAGAUUCACCGGAAAACAGGGAAAAGAUACUAAAAAAGACAACAAACAUGAGUACAGGGAAGACAGCGGAAGAGGAGGAACUAAUGUUAGAGGAGGGAGACGAUAAACUAACGAAUAGGGAUCUAAUGCUAAAGAUACUGAGAAAGAUACUGGAACCGGAACAAGGAAUGGCAGCAAGCGAAGGGAGGAAAAAAGAGGGGGAGACAGAGAGGAAAAUGAAAAUGAUAGAGAAGAGAUGUGAAAGACUGGAAGCGGAAGAAAGAAAGAAGUGCGUGAUAAUUAAAGGUCUAAAAAAGGAGAGAAAGGGAUUGGAAAGAGAAAUGGAAAAAUUCUUUGCAGAAAAGCUGGAAGUCGAGGUAAAGGUCCAGGAAUCUAACAUAAUAGGAUACGAAAGAAACAUUGUGUGGGUAAAAUUGAGCACGCAGGAAGAAAAGGAACAGAUAAUGGCAAAUAAAAGAAAGUUAGGUAACGAAAAGAUCUUCAUAGAACAAGAAAGAACGAGAGAGGAAAGAGAAGUACAGAGAGCAAUUGUACAAUAUGCAAGGAAGUUGAAAGAGAAUGGAAAAGAUGUCAAGAUAAAAUUCAAAANAAUAGAAGUAGAUGGAAAGUGGUACAGAUGGAACGAAAGAGAAGGAAAAUUAAAGGAAGAGAUAAAUUUUCGACCAGGAGCGAAAAUCNGUAUAGAGAAUAUGGAGUACGUAGAGGGAUUUGAUAUAGUAGUAUUACAAGAAACAUGGCUGNACCAAGAAGGAUGGAGCAAAAAGGAAAAGGAGAUGUCAAGGCAAUUCAGAUGGAAAGUACAGAACGCAAANAAGGAUAAAUUCAUGGGAAGAAAUAAGGGAGGAAUGAUCACAGGGACGAGAAAGGGAAUAACCGUAAUAGAAGAAAGAAUAGACAUAGAGGGAAUAAUGGAGAGCAAAUUNAAAGUAAAGGGAGAAAUAUGGAAAAUGAUAUCCGUAUAUAACAGAGGAGGAGAUAAAGACAAGCUAAAAGAAAUAAAGGAGAGAGUAGAAGAAGAGAUAGAAGGAAAUAUACUGAUGAUGGGAGACUUCAAUGCAAGAACAGGUAAUAAAGGCAGCAUAGUGUGGAAUGGAGAAGAAGAAGAGAGAAAAUCGAANGACAGGAAGAUAAACAUACAAGGAGAAGAGUUGAUAACGAUGGUUGAAGAAAAAGGAAUGGGAAUACUGAACGGAAACAAGGAAGGAGAUGAAGAAGGAGAAUGGACAUUUAUUGGGAAGAUGGGAAGCUCGGUAGUAGAUUACGCGAUAACAAGCGCAGAAACAUGGCAGAAAAUAGAAAGCUUUAAGAUAGGGAAAAGGACGGAAUCGGACCACCAACCAAUGGAAAUAGAGGAUAUGAAGGAACAAAUCGAAAAAGUAAAAGAGGCGAUAAGCAAAAAGAAAAUCACAGUGAAAAAAUGGAGAGCAGGCAGAAAGAGAUGGAGGAACAGGGAAUGCAGAUUGAGCAAAAUAGAGGUAAACAAAAAGCUAAGAAAGUACAAAGAAGAAAAAGUAAAAAGAGCAGAAUAUAUAGAGGAGAAAAGAAAACAUAAAGAGGUAUGUAAAGAGAACGAAGAAAAAUAUAGGAGGGAAGAGAUAACUAUGAUCAUGAAUUUAAAGGUCAAGAACGAGUUAUGGAAAUACAUACAGAAAGAGAGGGGAAAGAGAAGUAAUAUGAACGAAGGAAUAGCAAAAGAAGAGUGGAAACAGCAUUUUAUGAACUUAUUAAAAGGGAAAGAAAAUAAAGAAAGGAAAGAACCAGAGGAAAAAGGAAGAGCAAAAAUAGAAGAGAUUAGAGAGGAGGAAGUGGAAGAAGCUAUUAAGAAAUUGAAGAAAAAGAAAAGUGCAGGAAUAGAUGGAAUCAGAAAUGAAGCAUGGAAAUAUGCUAGUUUAGAGAACAAGAAAGAAGACUUUUGGAAGUACGUAGAGGGAUUUGACAAAGUAGUAUUACAAGAAACAUGGCUAGACAAAGAAGGAUGGAGCAAAAAGGAAUAG